AAGAUCAUGGCGGAUCGUUCGUCAUCUUCCCCGCUCCGUUGCAAAUCUCCUCGGCGAUCUGCGAUGGGGAUUCGCAUCAGGAGAGGCUACGCGUGGGCGAUCGCCGCCGGAUUCAUGGCCGCUCUCGCCGCCAUUUCCGCUAAGUUCUUCUCUUCUCAGGUCAUUAAGUAUGGUUUUGUCAUACUAUUCAAUGUCACAAUGUGGGGGUGUUAUGUCAACAGCCUAAAAAGUCUCUCAUCUCUUCAAGCCACGGUUACAAACUUCUCGACAAAUUUCCUCACUUCUGGAUUAGCUGGGUUCUUUUUGUUUGAUGAAUCAUUGAGAUUUCAGUGGUUUGCAGGUGCACUUUUCAUAGUAAUUGGUGUGCUUAUUCUCAGCAAAUCAAGUAUUGAGAGGAAAACUAGAGUUGAUUGAAAGUUCUCAGGUUAUGAGAUACCAUACGCCAUGUUUGAAGUUGAAGGUUGCGCCUUUUGCUACAGGCAACAGUUGCUCUGUUGCUCUGAUUUAUGUUUUCCUUUCCCUUCGCUCUUUUAAGUGCCCGAACUGCCUGUACUCAUUUAUCCUUUGUGGAUUUGCAGAUGACUCAGAGAUCAGAAGUUCCAUUUUUGUGCCACUUGGAAUUUGAGAAUUGAGGAUAGAAGAGUGUUUCCUUCCUGGCCGUCAUUUCGCUUGUAAGAUCACCACUUGCUGUAACUGGCAGCGCCAAGGGUGAUGUGUUGUAGUUACUAGUUAAUGCCAAGAUUGCUAUGUUACCGUCCACGGUGACUGUACAAAAUCUUGAAGCCAAUAUAGCUACAAGACAAGCUGCAAAGAACACGAAUUUGUGUUUA